GUAGCUGCCUGUGUAAGUACCUGGUUCAGAGGAGCACAGUGACCUGAGGACGACUCUACAUGCUCAGAGGAACAAACAAACCUGUUGACUUUCUACAAGUGAGCAUAAAAAAGACCAGACCAUGGGGGAUCUGAGGCAGAAGUUGGGGGUUGUGUCUCAUCGGAUCUGCCCAAGUGCGUUGGCUGCAUCCGAUGAGGACUUUAAAGCACAGAAAAAGGAAGAGAAAAUGCAGAUGAAGAGAGAAAUUUCUCUGAUGAAUGGAAUCUGCCUCAUUGUAGGAAACAUGAUUGGCUCUGGGAUCUUUGUCUCACCUAAGGGUGUCCUCAUGUACAGCAGCUCUUACGGACUGUCCCUGCUCAUUUGGGCUUUUGGGGGGAUCUUCUCUGUGUUUGGAGCUUUGUGCUACGCUGAGCUUGGGACCACAAUCACCAAGUCUGGAGCCAGCUACGCCUACAUCCUUGAGUCCUUCGGAGGCCUCCUUGCUUUCAUCCGUUUGUGGACAUCCAUCUUACUGAUUGAGCCAGCGAGCCAGGCGGUGAUUUCCCUGACAUUCGCCAACUACUUGGUGGAGGCUUUCUACCCCACCUGCCAGCCGCCAUAUGAUGCUGUACGACUGCUUGCAGCAGCCUGCCUCUGCAUGCUCAUCUUCAUCAACUGUGCCUACGUGAAGUGGGGGACCUUGGUCACUGACAUUUUCACUUACACCAAGCUCAUGGCCCUCGUCCUCAUCAUUAUUGUAGGAAUCCUGAAAGCAUCGACAGGAGAAUCAAAAAGCUUCGAGAGUCCAUUUGAAGGCUCCUCAACGGAUCCAGGAGCCAUUGCUCUGGCUCUUUACUCAGCUCUGUUCUCCUACUCUGGCUGGGAUACUCUCAACUUUGUGACUGAGGAGAUUCAGAAUCCUGAAAGGAAUCUUCCUCUGGCCAUCGCUAUCUCCAUGCCCAUAGUGACCAUCAUCUACCUGCUGACUAAUGUGGCGUAUUAUGUUGUUUUGGACAUGCCUUCUCUGCUGGCCAGUGAUGCCGUCGCUGUGACUUUUGGAAAUGCAGUCCUAGGACCAUUCAAGUGGAUCAUCCCUAUCUCAGUGGCCAUGUCUUGCUAUGGAGGGCUCAAUGCUUCCAUCAUUGCUGCAUCUAGGCUGUUUUUUGUUGGGGCCAGAGAGGGCCACCUUCCAGACAGUCUGAGUCUAAUCCACCUGGAGCGAUUCACACCCAUACCUGCACUGCUGUUCAAUGGGCUGAUGGGUCUGAUCUUCCUGUGUGUGGAGGACGUGUUUCAGCUCAUCAAUUAUUUCAGCUUCAGUUAUUGGCUCUAUGUGGGUCUGUCUGUGGCCGGUCUCAUCUACCUGCGCUUCACCCAGCCUGACAGACACAGGCCUGUGAAGUUGACGUUGUUCUUCCCCUUCAUCUACUGUCUGUGCAGCCUGUUCUUAGUCAUCGUCCCUCUGUACGCAGACACCAUCAAUUCCCUCAUAGGAAUAGGCAUCGCGCUCUCAGGGUUGCCGGUCUAUUAUGUGGCGAUUUACCUACCAGAGGAGAGGAGGCCCAAAUUCAUGCGCAGGCUUAACACCAAUGUCACCAGAUUCACACAGAAGCUCCUCUACUGCUGCCUGACUGAAUUUGACACUGACACAGAGACACAAGCAGGUGGUAAAACACAGUGAGGGAGAGACGAACCUCAAUUCUCGGUACUCCGCUUCCUCCUGGAGGCCACGUGUGCUGACAUUCACGCUCCUCAGACUCAGAAGAACAAGCUUUUCACAAACAGCAUGGUGAAGGAGCGUAUGUAAAUUAGACUCAGAGUUCAAAACGAUUCCACAGAAAAGGAGCAGGAACAUUUGUGAAACUGUCACCUUUAUCUGAAAAUGGGACAUUUUUGUACAAAUAUGAUGGAAUAUCAUCUAUGAGGAUUUAUGAACAACCUACACUAUAAUAGCUCAGAGCCACUUUUUUGAUCUUUGUGAUUAUUCUUUUUCUGAUAAAGACCACAGAUAAUGAUGAUGUGGCUGGAAUAUAAUCCUGUGAUAAUCAAUAUUAUUGUUCAAGGCCUGUUACCACAGCUACUUUUGUUGUGCUGGCUGCAACCCCAACCUGUUUUAGAUUAGUUAGGUUACAAAAAUUGACUUCUGUCUUCAACUGUACUAUCUAUAAAGUUAUUUUUAAUAGCCUCAUAGCUUAAUGUCUUCUUUUAUUCAAGGAAAUAUCAACACAAAAUUACGACAACAAAGUAAAGGAGUUCUUUCCUGACAUAAUCAGCAGCUGCAGACCUGUUAAAUUACACCCUUUAGAAGAUGAGUCAGAUUAUUUUCUUUCCACAAUAGUGUUUGACAAUGCUGACAUCAUAAAUCCCGCCCCUUCUUCAUUCUGAUUGGUCGGUGAGGGAGAAGUAACAUUGGUGGGCACUGCCCUGUUUCUAAAGUUUAACUUUUUUUUUUUUAAACCAUGAUCGCUGUAGGUGCAGCAACAAAAAACAUCUGACGUCAAGGGGAUCAUGAGCGCUGAAAAGCACUGGACUGCUUGGGUUUGCAUUGAAAAUAAGCACUUCCAGCACAAAAAAGGCCUCUGGUCACAGCCCUUUAAUGUACUUAUUUGUUUGUUCUAUGUGGUUUUGAGUCAGGAUUCAAAAGUUAAACAUGUAUCAGGUUUAUUAACAGUCUAUUGUGAGAUAGAUCCAGUUUAGUUCUUUAAGGUAUUUUAUUUACUUUGAAUGUUUGUUGUGGGUUCACAUAUCAUCUUCAAUAGGAUUGUCAUUGUAGCAAGAUUUCAAAUGCACUACUAAAAUAUUGCUGGUGAUUUUGUGCAAUUCAGACUGUGUGUAGGAGUUUGACUCCCAUUCUUGAUGGGUUCAUUCCUCUCCUACUCACUUGUCUUCGGAAAUACAAGAAGUUUUUCACAGUUUUGGUACAUUUUGAUGCUAUCAAUCAAUAAAAUAACACAUCAUGUCAUUUUAAGAUACAUGAUAUGGAAAAAGUGUUGAAAUAAUGAAAAAAAAAAAACUUCAAUGUAUUUCUCUUAGGUGGAGAUUUAUUUUGACCUUUUUCAUUCAACACACUACAGCUCUUUUUGUGACUGUUCUGAGUGAUGUGAGAGUAACCUGCAGGCCCUGUCAUGGUAUGUUUGUACUCAGUCACAGACUCACUUAUGACGAGCGGACUGUCGCAUGAACCCCUCCACAAUAGUCACAAAGCUGCUGCUGCUGUUACUUGUCUUUCUUAAAGGUGGAGCAUGUUUGACUAUAACUGCAGGUUCAGUACUGCUUCACAAAUAAUGUCAAAUUUAACAGUCUAAUAUUGAUGGACCAACAUGUUUGGUAUCAUUUGUGACAUGCAGGAAGGAUGGUGAUGUUUCAUGUUUAUCGUGAGAUAGAACGGUAUAAUCUGAAAAAGAAGUUAAAUUUUUCUCUCAAUCAAAGGUGGAUAGAUUCAUACUUUUUACCAGUUUGUUUGAGUUUGCAUGAAAAAUAAAAAAAUGUUUACACCCUU